AGCCUUCUAGUUCUGCCUUGGGAUCCGCCCCCCGCCCCUCGCACGCUCCUCGGCGCAGAUAGAUCCCGCCCCGCAUGCUGGACGCGGCAAAAUGGUGGUAGCAGAGGAGGCGAGCGAAGGGUUUUCCGCAGCAGGUUUCUGACAGUCAGACUUGUCCACAAGAACUCAACUGGCAAGGCUGCUUUUCUGUGCUAAAACUGGGGAGCUCGUGGGCACCAUGAAGAUCUUCUGCAGUCGGGCCAAUCCGACCACAGGGUCUGUGGAGUGGCUGGAGGAGGACGAACACUAUGAUUACCACCAGGAGAUUGCAAGGUCCUCCUAUGCAGAUAUGCUACAUGACAAAGACAGAAAUAUAAAAUACUACCAAGGUAUCCGGGCUGCCGUGAGCAGGGUGAAGGACAGAGGACAGAAGGCCUUGGUUCUCGACAUUGGCACUGGCACGGGACUCUUGUCAAUGAUGGCCGUCACAGCAGGCGCCGACUUCUGCUAUGCCAUCGAGGUUUUCAAGCCUAUGGCUGAUGCUGCUGUGAAGAUUGUGGAGAAAAAUGGCUUUAGUGAUAAGAUUAUGGUUAUCAACAAGCAUUCCACCGAGGUGACUGUAGGUCCAGAGGGUGACAUGCCGUGCCGUGCCAACAUCCUGGUCACAGAGUUGUUUGACACAGAGCUGAUCGGGGAGGGGGCGCUGCCCUCCUAUGAGCACGCACACAGGCAUCUCGUGGAGGAAAAUUGUGAGGCCGUGCCCCACAGAGCCACCAUCUAUGCACAGCUGGUGGAGUCCAGGAGGAUGUGGUCGUGGAACAAGCUGUUUCCCAUCCACCUGCAGACCAGCCUUGGAGAGCAGGUCAUCGUCCCUCCUGUGGACCUGGAGAACUGCCCUGGCGCACCCUCUGUCUGUGACAUUCAGCUGAACCAGGUGUCACCAGCCGACUUUACAGUCCUCAGCGAUGUGCUGCCCAUGUUCAGCAUAGACUUCAGCAAGCAAGUCAGUAGCUCAGCAGCCUGCCAUAGCAGGCAAUUUGAACCUCUGACAUCUGGCCGAGCUCAGGUGGUUCUCUCGUGGUGGGACAUUGAAAUGGACCCUGAGGGGAAGAUCAGGUGCACCACGGCCCCCUUCUGGGCACACUCAGACCCAGAGGAGAUGCAGUGGCGGGACCACUGGAUGCAGUGUGUGUACUUCCUGCCACAAGAGGAGCCUGUGGUGCAGGGCUCAGCGCUCUGCCUGGUAGCCCACCACGAUGACUACUGCGUGUGGUACAGCCUGCAGAGGACCAGCCCUGAAAAGAAUGAGAGAGUCCACCAGAUGCGCCCCGUGUGCGACUGCCAGGCUCACCUGCUCUGGAACCGGCCUCGGUUUGGAGAGAUCAAUGAUCAGGACAGAACUAAUCGAUACAUCCAGGCUCUGAGCACCGUGCUGAAGCCAGACAGCGUGUGCCUGUGUGUCAGCGAUGGCAGCCUGCUCUCCGUGCUGGCCCAUCACCUGGGGGUGGAGCAGGUAUUCACAGUCGAGAGCUCAGCAGCUUCUCACAAAGUGUUGAGAAAAAUCUUCAAGGCUAACCACUUGGAAGAUAAAAUUAACAUCAUAGAGAAACGGCCGGAGUUAUUAACAAGUGAGGACCUGAAGAGCAGAAAGGUCUCUCUCCUCCUGGGCGAGCCGUUCUUCACUACCAGCCUGCUGCCGUGGCACAACCUCUACUUCUGGUACGUGCGGACCGCUGUGGACCAGCACCUGGGGCCAGGCGCCGUGGUGAUGCCCCAGGCAGCCUCGCUGCACGCUGUGGUUGUGGAGUUCAGGGACCUGUGGCGGAUCCGGAGCCCCUGUGGUGACUGCGAAGGCUUCGACGUGCACAUCAUGGACGACAUGAUUAAGCGUGCCCUGGACUUCAGGGAGAGCAGGGAGGCUGAGCCCCACCCACUGUGGGAGUACCCGUGCCGCAGCCUCUCCGAGCCCCGGCACAUCCUGGCCUUUGACUUCCGGCAGCUGGUGCCCCCACGGCCCCUGUGUGCCGAGGGCACCAUGGAGCUCAGGAGGCCUGGGAGGAGCCACGCAGCAGUGCUGUGGAUGGAGUACCACCUGACACCGGAGUGCACGCUCAGCACUGGCCUCCUGGAGCCUGCAGACCCCGAGGGAGGCUGCUGUUGGAACCCCCACUGCAAGCAGGCUGUCUACUUCUUCAGCCCUGUCCUGGAUCCCAGAGCACCGCUGGGCGGCCCGCAGACGGUCAGCUAUGUGGUGGAGUUUCACCCCGGCACAGGCGACAUCACCAUGGAGUUCAGGCUUGCAGACACCCCAGACUCACCACUCCUGAGCAAUAAAGUGGCCUGAGGGCUGUGGGUUCUGA